AUGCCCGGCCAAAGGCAAAGGAGCGAACAGGACCAAAGCGUCCGAAACCACCACCGCCACCACCCACCACCACCACCACCACCACCACCACCAACAACAACAAAAACGCCACCCCCCCAACAACCCCGCCCGAAACCGUCCUCGCUCGCUCCGAAGCGCGCUACGCCGCCGCCCGGCCCCACGAAGCCCGCCUCCGCCAGAAAGGAGGCGGCUCGCUCUCCACGCUCUCCCACCCGGAACAAACCGCCUGGCUGGCCGCGCGCAUCGCGUCCCGCAUCGCCGCCCGUCCGGGCGCUCGCGUCGUCCUCGACUGCUGCGGCGUCUUCGGGUGCGGUCGCGAAGCUCGCGUGUGGUGGGGGGGUCAAGACGUUGAAGGAGGUGUGGAAGGUUGUGAACGAGGGUGGGGUUGCGUUGAGGGUUGCGAGGGUGAAGAAGGGGGAUAAAGGUGUUGGAGCGGGUGUGAGGGAGUACGAGGCGAAGUGGGAGCGCAAAGUGGUGUUGGGGUGUUUGGAGGUGGAGAGUCGCUGUUUUCGGACGAGGAGAGAACGUGAAAGGAAGGGAGAGCUUGAGGUUCUUACUGGGGAACCGGUUGUUGUGACGGAGCAGGAGGUUUUUGAGGAGACUAGACGGCGCAAGGAGAUGGCUGCGCUGAAGAAGGAGUUGUAUGGCGGUGGUGUGGGUAAGGAGGGGAAGUUGGCAAUGGAUCCGGAGUGGGAUGAUGUUGAGCCGGUGGUGUUGGAGGAGCCUGAGGGCGCGCUGGCGGCGAUUUCGUACUCCGCUGAUUAUGCUGAAGCCAUGGCCUAUCUCCGUGCGGUGAUGCAGGCUAAGGAACACUCGCCGCGCUGCCUGCGUCUGACCGAGCAUAUCAUUUCCAUGAACCCGGCACAUUAUACCGUCUGGCUGUUCCGUGCGGCCAACGUGUUCGCCCUAAAGCUCCCCAUCCCCGACGAGAUGGAGUGGCUGAACGGCGUAGCCCUCGAAAACCUCAAGAAUUAUCAGAUCUGGCACCACCGCCACCUCCUCGUGGAAAACUACCACCCCAUCAUUGCGGGCGACCCAGACGCCAUUGCCUCCUUCGCCGCCAAAGAGCGCAACUUCCUCCAACAGAUCCUCGCCGAGGACACCAAGAACUACCACGUCUGGUCAUACCGCUCGUACCUGGUCGGCAAGUUCAACCUGUUCAACGACGGCGAGGAGCUGGCGGCGAUGGAGGCCAUGAUCGACGACGACGUGCGCAACAACUCGGCCUGGUCGCACCGCUUCUUCCUCGUCUUCUCCAACCCGGACUACGCCACCCCCGGCAGCGCCGCCACCGAGGCCGACCCCGGCGUGCCCGCCGCUGUCAUCGACCGGGAGGUCGAGUACGCGCAGGAGAAGAUCCGGCUGGCGCCGCAGAACCAGAGCGGGUGGAACUACCUGCGCGGCGUGCUGGUCAAGGGCGGGCGGAAGCUGGCGACGGUCGAGGAGUUUGCGAGCGGGUUCGUUAAGGGGCUCGGAGAGGGUGAGGAGGCCGAGGACGUCCAGAGCACGCACGCGCUGGACCUGCUGGCCGAGAUUUACGCUGAGAAGGGGGACAAAGAGAAGGCGGAAUUGAGCUUGUCAAGGUUGGGGCAGAAGUGGGAUCGCAUCCGGGUUGGGUAUUGGGAGUGGCGCCGGAAGUGCUUGGAGGUGCCGGCACAGGGGUGA